CUUAGUGCAGUACACACACAGGCAGACAGAUGGCCAGGACAGGAGAGAGGAAUGCCAAGCCACUACUAGAUAAGGACUGACAGCUGAAGAGAGAGAGGCGAUGACUGGUGGCUAUUUUUAAAAUUCAUUCAGCCAGGCCAAGCAGAGACCCCCUCUCAUUCCUCUCUUAGACACCCUAGAUCUCUCUCGUUCUUUCUCUUAUUCCCUCGCUUCUCUUCUAUCUGGGAGAAAGUUCUGGAAGACUGUGUGGGAUUAAAGUUUCGAAGCCCCUCGAAGAGGAAAAAGAAGAGCGGGUUAGCGAAAGGGAAAGUUAGGUAGAAGAGUUACGAGAGGACAAACUAAAUACUAGGCCAAUAUGGCUCUUUGCUACAACAAAGGCUGUGGAGAGAAGUUUGAUGCUGACAAGAACAAAGACGAUGCCUGUCUUCAUCAUCCAGGUGUUCCCAUCUUCCACGAUGCUCUGAAGGGUUGGUCUUGUUGUAGGAAGAGAACCACAGACUUCUCUGAAUUCCUUUCUAUCAAGGGCUGCACCCAGGGGCGUCAUAGUAACGAAAAGCCCCAGGAGCCUAUGCAGCCGACAGUGACAUCAGACAAGAACGGUGUGAGAAACAACAGAGAGGAGAUCAUUUACCAGGGGCCCAAAUCAGCUGAGGCACUGCAGAAAGAGAGACCCAGUUCAGAUGAGGAUAAGACGAAACUGAAGCUGAAGGUGUCCGCCUCUCUGACUCAGGUUCUGGAGAAGAUGGAAAUCAGCAGCAAGGCAGAACUAAAAAAGAAAGAGACUGCAGUUGUCAUGCAGGGAACACGAUGCAAGAACACAGGAUGCAAAACACAAUACCAGGGCCCAGAGACCAACGGAGAGACCUGUACACACCACCCUGGAGCACCUGUCUUCCACGAGGGGUAUAAGUACUGGGGUUGUUGCUGUGUGAAGACUAUAGACUUUAAUGCUUUUCUGGAUCAGAAGGGUUGUACCAAUGGCAAACAUCGCUGGGUCCAAAAAGUGAACAAUAAGAAGGUUGCGUGUAGACAUGACUGGCACCAGACAGCCACACAGGUCUACGUGACCAUCUAUGCCAAGAACGCCAACCCUGAACUGUCCUACGUCGAGGCUAACCGCACAGUGCUGACCUGUCACAUCCAGUUUGAGGACAACAAGAUUUUCCAUAAGGACUACCAUCUGUGGGGGGUAGCGGAUGUAGCCAACAGUGGGGUCAACAUGGUUUCGUCUAAGGUGGAAGUGUCGCUCCGUAAGGCAGAUGCUGUGGCCUGGGGAAAACUAGAGGACCCCAAGUUCAAACCAGAACCCGAACCCCAGGAUCUGGACAUGGGUUACACCGAUGAGGCCGACGACCCCAGUCAGUGGGACAGGGACAUCGACGACGAUGACAUCAGUGAUUCAGACGAGGAGUGGGAGAAACCGCAGAUCAUCCAGAAUCCUCCAGAAGAGGAUGAGAUGCCCGUGUUAGAAGGCUAAAUUGAUUAGUUGAUUUAUUGAUUAUGUCUGUGGUCGGUCAAGACGGUAACGGUCAAGAGGAUGCUCUGACUGGCUGUGAGAUUGAGUGUUGUUAGAGUACUUUAUUGUCCAUUUUCCUUAGUCUAAGGCCAUGGUAUGGCUGUAAUAUUGUUACUGGUUUUUAAUUUAUAAAGAAAUUGUAUUUGAAUUUGUUUUAUGUAUUGAUCUCUACUGUAUUCACAGAAACAAAUAAGGAAUAUCAACCUGUUAUAGGUGAGUUUUCGUCUUCUGCCCUCUAGUACAUAUUAGGCCAUUGUCAGGCAUCAGACAAAUCUGUGUCAGAGUCAAUGUCCUAACAUGGACACCGUACUCUGGUUUCAUUGCAAUUAAAUAAGAAAGGCCUACCGUAUUGAAAAGUC